AUGUCGGGAAAAGACAAAUUGCCAAUCUUUCCAUCUCGUGGUGCUCAAACAAUGAUGAAAGGGCGUCUAAUGGGAGCACAAAAAGGGCAUAGUUUAUUAAAAAAAAAAGCUGAUGCUUUACAAAUGAGAUUUCGUUUGAUUCUUGGUAAAAUUAUUCAGACAAAGACAUUGAUGGGCGAGGUAAUGAAAGAAGCAGCAUUUUCUUUGGCAGAAGCAAAAUUUACUACUGGUGAUUUUAAUCAAGUUGUCUUGCAAAAUGUAACAAAAGCUCAAAUAAAAAUACGCACUAAAAAGGAUAAUGUGGCUGGUGUGACACUGCCUGUUUUUGAAAGUUACCAGGAUGGUACAGACACUUAUGAAUUAGCAGGUUUAGCUAGAGGGGGUCAACAGUUGGCCAAGCUUAAAAAAAAUUAUCAAACUGCAAUUAAGCUUCUGGUCGAAUUAGCAUCAUUGCAAACAUCUUUUGUUACUCUGGAUGAUGUUAUUAAAAUAACAAAUAGAAGAGUCAAUGCUAUUGAACAUGUUAUUAUACCCAGAAUUGAAAAAACACUUGCAUAUAUUAUUUCCGAGCUUGACGAAUUAGAGCGAGAAGAAUUUUACAGGUUAAAGAAGAUUCAGGAUAAGAAGAAAAUUUCCAACAAAAAGAAAGAACAACUUAAGAAAGAUAUGAAAGAAGCUAAUGCUAAAUAUGGUAACAUGCUGGAUGAAGGAGAUGAAGAUUUGUUAUUUUAA